AUGUGGUGCCUCCUCAUGCUGCUCUGCUCCCAAGGAAUUGUCUCCCCACUCUGAAUUCAGACAAAAGCCAGUACAGGAAGACCCGCAACCCUGAAUGCUUUAUGAAUGUUAGUGAAAUUAUCAGAUAUCAUGGAUACCCCAGUGAGGAAUACCAAGUUACCACAGAGGAUGGAUACAUUCUUGGUGUUUUUGGGAGGAAGAGCCAAAACACAGGGAAAAAGCCUGCAGUCUUGCUACACCAUGGCACUUUAGGAGAUUCUAUCCACUGGAUUUCUAACCUGCCCAACAAUAGCCUAGGCUUCAUCCUCGCAGAUGCCGGCUACGAUGUCUGGUUGGGAAACAGCCGAGGAAACACCUGGUCUUUAAAACACAAGACCCUUAAGUCCUGCCAGAAAGAGUUCUGGCAAUUCAGCUUUGAUGAGAUAGGUAAAUAUGAUAUUCCAGCAGAGCUGUACUUCAUCAUGAAUAAAACUGGUCAGAAGGAUGUGUAUUAUGUUGGUCACUCUGAAGGCUCAACAACAGGCUUCGUGGCAUUUUCUACUUAUCCUGAGUUGGCUCAAAGGGUUAAAGUGUUCUUUGCUUUGGGACCAGUAGCCACAAUCACAUAUGCUACAAGUCCUCUGGUAAAAUUUACACGUCUUCCUCAACCACUGAUCAGGUUACUACUUGGCUGCAAAGGAGUUCUUCAACAGAAUGAACUGCUGAAAGGGCCUAUAACACAGAUGUGCAGAUCUCUGGGAAAAGUUUGUGGCGGUUUCUUCUGCUACAUAGCUGGGAACAGAAUACAGAAUCUGAACACG